GCCGGGCGGUACGCGAGGGCUGCUGGCCGUCGGCUCAAGGCCUCGGCUCCACCUGCCCGCCAGCCUGCGGUGCGAUCGGUCGGCGGAGUGUGCGCCGGGCUGGGCCCAUGGCAGCGUCGGCGGCCCUGUCUGCGGCGGCGGCGGCGGCUGCCAUGUCGGGCCUGGCGGUGCGGCUGUCUCGCUCGGCUGCGGCCCGCGGCUCGUACGGCGCCUUCUGCAAGGGGCUCACGCGCACGCUGAUCACCUUCUUCGACCUGGCCUGGCGGCUGCGCAUGAACUUCCCCUACUUCUACAUCGUGGCCUCGGUGAUGCUCAACGUCCGCCUGCAGGUGCGGAUCGAGUGAGCGCCCGCAACCACCGCGCGGCCGCGACGGCAGGGGCGCCGGCAUGAAGCUCCGCGGGACCCAGGGCCGCCGGGACGCGGCGGGGGAAGGAGAAGGGGCGGCCCGGGCCCCCGGACCCUAGACCUCGGCGGAGGUCACGGCCACCGAGCCCCAAGCCCCGGCUCUGGUCA